AUGUUAUCACGUGUUGUUCAUAGAUCGUCUUCGGUGUUUCGAACAAAUCUCUCGUUUCGUUUGUUCUCACAGUCUGCAUUCGCCGUGCACAGUACUCAUCGCGUUGAGAAACAAGGUGACGUGGCUGUCAUGAAAAUUGAUUUGCCAAACACAACAGAAAAUGUGCUCAAUAAAGCGUUGUUCGCGGAAAUGAACGAAACAUUGGAUAGGCUUCAAUCUGAUCAAAGUGUCAAAGCUAUUGUUGUCAUGUCCGGAAAACCAAAUAGUUUUGUUGCUGGAGCUGAUAUUCAAAUGUUUAAAGCAGAAAAAACAGCCGCUGGAGUUUCAAACCUUCUUCGUGAGGGCCAGAAACAAUUAUUGACCAUCGAGCUGAGCCAGAAACCAAUAGUCGCUGCAAUCAUGGGAAGCUGUAUGGGAGGUGGACUUGAAAUCGCCCUUGCUUGUCACUACCGCAUUGCUGUGAACGACAAAAAGACACUCUUGGGACUUCCAGAAGUGACUCUUGGGAUAAUGCCAGGAGACGGUGGAACUCAAAGACUACCAAAGCUAACUACUGUUCAGAAUGUUCUCGACUUGACAUUGACUGGCAAGAGAAUCAAGGCAAAUAAGGCUAUGAAAAUUGGAAUUGUUGAUCGUGUUAUUCAACCACUUGGGGAUGGAAUUUGUACAUCAACCGAAACCACUCAUAAAUAUCUUGAAGAAAUCGCAGUGCAAUCGGCACGGGAGCUUGCCAAUGGAAAACUCAAAAUUAACAGAGACAAAGGAUUUGUGCACAAUGCUACGCAAGCAGUCAUGACUAGCAAAUUUGUACUGGACAAUGUGAUUCUCAAGAUGGCUAAGAAUAAGCUUAUUAAACUGACCAAUGGGAACUAUCCGGCUCCACUCAAGAUUCUUGACGUUGUCCGGACGGCAUACCUAGACCCAAAAAAUGGAUAUGAAGCUGAGGCUAAGGCAUUUGGUGAACUUUCACAAACUUUCCAAUCAAAAGCACUUUUUGGACUGUUCGAAGGAUCGACUAAUGCUAAAAAGAACAAAUACGGAAAAGGACUUCCGGUCAAUGAAAUCGCUGUCGUCGGAGCUGGAUUCAUGGGAGCAGGGAUUGCGAAUGUAACUAUCAAUAAGGGUAUUCGAACAGUUCUUUUGGAUGCCAACCAGGCAGGCGUUGAACGAGGACAAAAUCACGUGGCUACACAUUUGAAUAGACAGCUCAAGAGACAAAAGAUUUCGAAAUUGGAAAGAGAAAAAAUCUACAACCAUCUUGUGCCAACAAUUGAUUAUUCCGCCAUGAAGAAUGCUGAUGUAGUUAUUGAGGCGGUUUUCGAAGAUCUUCCUCUGAAGCAUAAAGUUAUUAGGCAAAUCGAAAACGUCGUUGGACCAAACACAAUCAUUGCAUCCAAUACUUCUGCUCUUCCAAUCAAGGAUAUUGCCGCUGCGUCUUCUCGGUCAGAUAAAGUUAUUGGGAUGCACUAUUUCUCUCCAGUUGAAAAGAUGCAGUUACUUGAAAUUAUCACUCAUGAUGGAACAUCUAAAGAAACCCUUGCAACUGCUGCUCAGCUAGGACUAAAGCAAGGAAAACUCGUCGUCGUCGUCAAGGAUUGUCCCGGCUUCUUCGUCGUCCGAUGCCUAAGCCCAAUGAUGUCGGAAAUAGUCCGUCUCCUCCAGGAAGGUGUCGAACCAUCUGAACUUGACAAACUCACAACGAAAUUCGGAUUCCCUGUGGGAGCUGCGACGUUGGCCGACGAAGCUGGACUCGACGUCGCAGAACACGUGGCUCGAUAUCUCGGAACCGCUUUAGGUCCACGUGUUCAUGGAGGAUCGGUUGAUUUGUUGUCCGAAUUGGUGCGCGCUGGACAUAAGGGGCGUAAGACUUCAAAGGGAAUCUUUGUGUACGGAGAUGGGGCAAAAGGCAGCAAGAAAGUAAACCAAGAGGCGGCAAAGCUGUUUGAAAAGUAUAAAUUGACACCAAUCAAAUCUGUCUCAUCUCCUGAGGACCGUCAACUUCGUCUCGUCUCUCGAUUUGUCAAUGAGGCACUUCUUUGUCUUGAAGAAGGUGUUAUUAGCUCACCAUCUGACGGAGAUAUAGCCUCUGUAUUUGGUCUCGGUUUCCCACCAUUCUGGGGAGGCCCAUUCCGGUUUGUCGAUCUUUAUGGAGCGGGCAAGUUGGUUGCGGCGAUGGACAGGUUUGCCGGAGUGUACGAAUCUGUCCAAUUUGAGCCAUGCCAACUUCUCAGAAAUCAUGCGAAGAGUGGAGGACAAUUUUAUAGCUAAAACCAAUUUUUGUCUGAAUUGUAUUUUCACAGCUUAUACGGGACAUUUUUGUUUUCAAUGAAUUUCCUUUCAAAUUGCUCCCUUUUUAUUAUGUUUAAUGAAUGUUAUGAUAAAA